CCUGCGAGAUGUUACCGUCAGAUAAAGGGAAAGCCAUACCCUAAAUCCAGAUACUGCCGUGGAGUUCCCGAUCCCAAGAUCCGGAUUUACGAUGUUGGUAUGAAGAAGAAAGGAGUCGACGAGUUCCCUUACUGUGUCCACUUGGUUUCGUGGGAGAAAGAGAACGUUUCGAGCGAAGCUCUUGAAGCCGCGCGUAUCGCUUGCAACAAGUACAUGGUCAAAUCCGCGGGAAAAGACGCGUUCCAUCUCCGUAUUAGGGUUCACCCUUUCCAUGUCCUGAGGAUCAACAAGAUGCUUUCCUGCGCCGGAGCUGAUAGGCUUCAGACCGGUAUGAGAGGUGCCUUUGGUAAGGCUCUUGGUACUUGUGCUAGAGUCGCCAUUGGUCAGGUUCUGCUCUCUGUUCGUUGCAAAGACAAUCACGGCCAUCAUGCUCAGGAGGCGCUUCGACGUGCUAAGUUCAAGUUCCCUGGCCGUCAAAAGAUUAUUGUUAGCAGGAAAUGGGGAUUCACCAAGUUUAACCGUGCGGAUUACACUAAGCUAAGACAAGAGAAGAGGAUUGUUCCUGAUGGUGUGAACGCCAAGUUUCUGUCUUGCCAUGGUCCGUUGGCUAGGCGUCAGCCUGGAAGUGCGUUCUUGUCACUUGGUGCACAAUGA